CGAGGCGUCCGCGUCAUGUCCACGGUGCCCCUGCUGAAGCCCUGCCGCCGCCGGACGACCUCCUCCUCGCUCCUCACGCUCUACCAGAGGUUUCUCAGGUACCUCCGGAGGCUGCUCAGCGCCAGGAGAGACGUCUCGUACGACGAGUACGAUCACCACCCUCCCCGCUACCGUCCCCAGCGCAUCAACGCCCUCUGCCGGCUCACAAGUUUCUCCAAGUCGGAAAUCAAGCUCAUCUAUCAAGGAUUCAAACAGGUGUGUCCGACUGGAGUGGUGAACGAGAACACUUUCAAGGACAUUUUCAGCUCCUACUUCCCUCAAGGUGAUGCUACCAUGUACGCCCACUACGUGUUCAAGGCCUGCGAUCAACAGAACAAUGGUACAAUUAACUUUCAGGAGUUUCUCACAGGCCUUUCCAUGCUAACCCGAGGCCCGACAGUUGACAAGCUGAAAUGGACCUUCCGACUGUACGACCUGAAUGGCGACGGCCGAAUCGACCGCGAGGAGAUACGGGAGAUCAUCUCCUCCAUCUACCUGAUGCUGGGCCGGCACACGGAGCCCAGUGUGGAGCACGACACGCCCGCCCAGCAUGCUGACAAAGUUUUCGAGCGAUUGGACCAAAACCAAGACGGUUAUGUGACGUUCGAUGAAUUCUUGGAAUGCUGUCAAAAGGACGAGAACGUGAUCUUGUCCAUGCAGCUUUUGGACACGGUGCUCUGACGACCGGCGGCUCGUCGCCCGGAAGACGCACAAUCCACUUGCUCACAGUGUGCCUCGUGAAGAGAACAGACCGUUUCGAGCAGUUCCUUCCUCUCGAAAGGCGGCAGAACAUUUUGAAGAUCAUCCUUUUACCUUUCGUCGCUUUCAUCGCAUCAUUCCAAUUUCUCCUGAAGCGAUUCUGGAAGGGAGCAGAACAAUGGUCACCGUCAUGUUUUGUUUAAAUAACUCGAGAUCUAAGAGAAAUAGAAUGUCUAAAUAAUUUUAUCUUCGAUUAGAUAUUAACUGCAAACUGUGAUAAUAGAAGCAAACUAUCCCAAGUUUGACAGCAUAUUAUAUCAAUUUACACUUAUACGAAAAACUAAUCCUGUUUUAGAUUUUAGUUGAAAUACCAUUUAAUGAAUUCUCUGCUAUCCUAAGAUCUCUGACUUUGAAUGUUCUUCCGUAAAUGAAACAAGUGUAUUUAUGUUCGUCAUUGGUGCACUGACAACUUUCCAAAAUCUGGAUUCUUUCUGGAUUGGCCAAAAUAUUUAUAUAUAUAUUCUUUUCAGCACCAAACGAAUUCACAUCAGAAGACAGUGAAAUUGCACUUUCCACGAUUUUGUUAUAUUUUAUACAAAAAGUUGACGCAUUUCUAUUGCGAACUGGUCAAAAUUACCUUUUUAGUGAGCAAUAUUAUUUGUGAAUUUGAGAUUUUUAAUGUCAUGUUCACAAAAAAAAUGUAAGUAUUGCGCUUUUAUCGACCAGCUCUAUAGCUCUAAAAGGGGAUUUGAUGAUUUUUGAGCAAAUUUUGAUAUUCCUUUGAAUCCAUGCAUUUGAAAAGCCGUGAGUCCCAAAAACAGAAUCGUGCCAGUAUUACUGGAAUCCAACCAUAUGAAACCAUUUUGUGUCUGAAAAACAGACGAUUAAUGAUUCAUUAUUUUUUUCUCUGCUUUUCUUCUUGAAACGAUUUCAGUACAUUUAAGUAAACUGGAUUAUCUUCUUUUACUGUACACAUUUUGCACUAGCCGCCUUUUAUGACCAGCUUGUUCUAACAUCCGUUGUGUUUAGUUUCAAUUAAAUAUUUCACGCACUUUGUGAAAUAUUGAGAAUAGCUUUCAUCUUAGUACCCUCACACACACUCUUCGAGCACAGGGCCUUCCUAAUAAAGUCACAUGUUAUCUAACGUGAUACCCUCAUUUUACUUUCCCAUUCCUCAUGCAAAAUGAGUUGUUAAUCCCAUCACUGCUUUAGUAGCUCAUGCCACAUUAUUAAAACGGAUAGAUAAAAAAAAUAAGAAUAGCUUAUAUAAUUAAUCAUCAUACUAUCCUACAUAACUUUAUAUUAUCUUUGUGAGUUCCGCUUAUGGAUUCCAUACUCACAAAAUGAAUGAAAUAAAAUCAAAACGUAAAAAUGAAAAUAUAAGCAUACAUUUCAUUCUUUUUCUUUGG